UUUUAAGGUAUAUAAGCAAGGUUAGUUUUUCAGUGGUAAGUCAUCCACAUUUGUUUGGCAUCAAUAUAUUUUUGGUUUUUUUGCAAAUCAAAAUUGUUUGACAACAACAACAACAAUGAUUCAAAAAGUUAUUAUCCUGGCUCUGGUAGCCUAUGCCACCUGUUCACCAUUGGUAAAUGAUGCCAAAGAUGAUGCCAACAAAUUUGUCGACCAAUUGAUUCAAAUUGUCAAAACCAAAUAUGGCGACAAACUGGACCCAAUGCAUUUGAACGAUACGGUUGCCGAGUUUCACAAAAAAAUUGCCGGAAUCACAUGGCACGGUGAUGCAAAAUUGACCGAGGGCACUAUCUGGGGUUUGAAAAACAUUAGCCGAUCGGGUGACUCAAAAAUCGACAUUGCCAAAACAAUUUCGGCUCACCUACAGUUUGGCGAUGCCAAUCUGAAAAUUCACUACAAGGGUGAACUGCAGUUUAUGGACCUGAAAACUAGCGGUUCGCUGGAAGCCUAUGUCGACAAAUUGGAUGUCAUCGCCGAUAUCGGUGCCGACGAUAAGGGCAAACUGCAUGUCAACGGUUUCAAUAUCGAUGAACUCAAACACGUACGCAUCGACUUUCACGGACCGAUCAAAGUUGCCGACCAUAUCAUCGACGCAUUGGCCGACGGUUUUGUCGACAUUUUCAACAAACAAACCCGUGAACUGUUGAGCAAAGUGGUCAAAGAUUUGUUGGAAAAGGAGUUACAAAACUUGCAUUUCCCCCCAUCAAUGAUGUAAUGAACAUACAGUACAAAUAAAAUUAUUAAAAAAUAAAAAAUUGUGCCUAGAUAAUUUUCACUACAUUUAAUUGUAAUUGUCUAUGUAUAUAUAUAUAUAUAAUUUUUUUUAAAAACAACCAAAUAAAUAAAUUCAUACUUUAAAAAAUAUAUAUAUAUAUAAUUUGA